CAGGCACGUCAAUCACCGUUCUGCACGUAACCUGCAGUCGCUCGUUGAACCUGCUAACGGUGCGAGGAUUACAGAUUUGGCGGAGCGUAAAUUCAAACGCUGCCUUUGCAAGAGAAGCCGAACAAGCUUUAGAAACUCUUGAGAGUCUGUAAUAUUUGAACUUACACAACCUCCCAUGCGACUCCAUUGACCCUGUGCGUGUGUAGCUUCCUGCUAACUGCGUGUAAGUUUCGCGGAUCGCCAUCGAACUCAGCUCACACAGCCAGCGAGUUUUUAUUAAUUACAUAUUCACGAAAAAUCAGAAUCAAGCGGGCGAAAGGUGGGACCUUCCGGAAAAGCACAGGGUCAGUUUCACAUGUGCAUUGGAUCCAAACCGGGGCUGGAUCUCUGUCAUCUAUUCUUCUGGCGGAUCCGGUCGGCCAAGACAUUGUUCUGGCACUGACUGAGAGAGUUGGAGGUCAUCAGGGCACCCGUUGUCUCUGAACAUGGAUAGAGGCUGGUUUAUUGGACAGGUGCCGAUUUCCCCUUGGAAAUCCGAGCCACAGAUCCCCAGCUCCAGUCCUCCCAGGCCCUGUAUAACGAUCAACUUGACUAAAAUGCUGCAAGCCGAUAAACCUGGUUCUGAGAAGAAGCCAGUUCCAAUCCGACCGCCGAGCCCCAGAGUCCGAAAGCAAGAAGGAUUCCACCAUAGUCUCUCCUGUGAGCCUGCACCCAAACCCAUCAUCCGACAACGUUCACGCUCUCUGCCUUCAGCCACAAUGAAAAAGAAGCACUGCAGAAGCAUUGGAGUGCGGUUUGCUGACUCUUUGGGGCUGGAUCUGGAAGAUGUCAGGCUUUUCAAAUCUGGAGAUGAUCCCUUUGUGCCAGAUCACGUCACCUUUAGGUUAUUGAUGAGUGCAGAGUUGGCAGAUGGGAGGCAUUUGGAGAUUUCCUUGCCGUACCUGAAGCCCAUUUUUGCCGAACAACCUGGCGACCAACCAGAGUUCCUGCAUCGUCUCCAUUGGCAGAAAGUGUGUCUGGAGAGAGUGUUGUGUUUCGAACUGGGCAUCGUCGGAAUGACGCAGGUCCUCAAUUUGGAUUUUGACAAAUCUGUCACAGUCCGCUACUCGUUUACAGAGUGGAAGAGCUACACAGAAACUAAAGCUUCAUGGGUGUCCACCGUCACCAAAACCUGGGAGGGAGGAGGCAGUCAGUUCAGCUGUGAUACUUUUCGUUUCCACCUGCCUGUUCCUCCGUUCCUACAGCCUGGGGCAGUCUUAGAGUUCGCCAUCCAGUACAAAGUCUGUGGUGCUGAAUACUGGGACAACAACAACGGAGAGAAUUAUAAAUUGGUUUGCCAAAAUUACAAGCUCACUGUGCCAAAAGAAUGUGAGGACAGCAUGGUGCACUUCAUUUAGGCAGCCAAAGCCUUUUUAUAGAGCGCAUUACAACUGCGAAACCAGGCAUGUUUAAAUUGAACGCCACCAGGCUGGUUGAACAUGUCUAACUGCGCUCUAAUAUGAGUUUCAUUUUGUUAGAGUAUUGCUAACAGGAUUCCUUUGAAUGAAAUUACUCCACUUUAAACAACUAAAUCUGGACUGAUUUAGCCAGACUGAAUUUUUUGCACAUAUUGCACUAAUAUCUGACACUAGGGAGGUUUCCAUUACCCUUCAAGUUGUGCAGUUUGAAGUAGCAAAUUGAAAAUCUGCUUCAUAGAUGCACAUGUAUUUUGAAAGAACCCUCAGAUAUCAUAAAAAAGUAUUUACACUCGCAUGAGGUGGUUUUUCAGGAGAAUUGAAAAAGUCUUAUUUUGAAAAACUGCAAUGGAGACACUAUGUUUCACUAAUGUUGGUCACAUGAUAUUCAAAAACCUGUGAUAAGUUAUAUGUGGACAGAGGAACAGACUGAGACCUUGUUCAACUUUAUAAGAGAUGAUGUUAUGGCAAUAUUAGAUUAAAAAAACAACAAAAUUCCAGUAUUUUGUGGGACUUUAAUUGCUGUCGGUGUAAAUAUUGAAAUUAUAUUACCUGAUAGAGCCCCCGCAGAGGUGGUGGCCAAGUGGUUAAGUGUGCUUAUUUCCAUUGUGGAAGGUUCCUGUUUCAGAAACCCACCACUGUCUGUUCUUCAUUGAAUAUGGAGUUGUGUCAGGAACGGCGUCUGAUGUAAAAUGUAUGCUGAUCUAUUGUGGUGACCCCGAAGCGAGGUAGCAGCCGAAGGGACUUACUACUUCUGGCUAAAGCCUCGCUAGAAUGGUUCUGCAAGAAGACAAACCCAUUAGUUGCAAUUGUUUGGGGUUUUUUGCUUUGAAUAUUCUGAAAAUAUUGCUUAACCUUUGCACAUAAUUGUAAUGGAAACUCAGAUACUGACUUAAACAACACUGUUCACUUUAAGAAUGACAAAUUCCUACUAAUUGUUAGUCCCUUU